AUGGAGAUCAUUCGUAAAUGUACGUCCACGGACAGCCGUCGGUCCUACCAGUGCAUCAAAUUCCUGGUCCAUCUGUCCAACAAAUGCUCCAUGGCCAAAGAGUAUCUGAUGACCAUCUCGGUCCGGUGGCAGUGGGCGGUCAACUGGCUCAAGAAAAAGAUGAGUGAGCACUACUGGACGCCUCAGAAUGUCUCCAACGAAUCCAGCACGGGACGGUCCUUCCAACGCACCAUGAGCGCUCAGGACACGCUGGCCGAAGCCACCGCGCUGUUGGAUGAGCUCAACACGCGUGACGAUGACGGUGAACACAUCGAGAACGACGAAGAGGAGGAGGAGUACGUCGAGGGCGACUCCAACACCAAGAUGGAGGUCAACGGGUCGUCAGAGGGGUCAGAGGUCAAUGGGAAUGAAGACAGCUCAGAGUCUUCCAAGACGUUGGUUCAGGACGACGUGGGCGACUUGGACGACAUUGAUACAUAACGGCUUUUUUUUUUUUCUGUUUCAGAAUUUGUAGCCAAUAGAAGAUGGUUCCUUACUCCUGGGGUCAUAAGUCAGAGGUCAUCACAGGUCAGAUUAAAGGAAACCAAGGGC